AUGGAGUCCGAACAGCUGGAGAAACUUCGCCAGUCGCAGCUCAAGGGCCUGCGGUCCUGCGACGCGAAGAUUGAGCGAUGGGCCCAAUUCGAGCGCGAUUACGAGGCCCUCGGCGAGCGGCUGCGCACGCUGCCCGAGCGCGUGAGCCACGAGGUGAUGGUGCCCCUCAACUCGCUCGCCUUCAUGCCGGGACGGAUUAUCCACACGAACGAGGUACUCGUGCUCCUGGGCGACAAUUGGUUCGCCGAGCGGUCGGCGAGCCAGGCGAUGGAUAUCGCCAGGCGGCGCGCCGAGCAAUGCAGGAAGAUGCAGAAAGAACUGAAAGCCGAGCGGCAACAGCGCACCAACUGGAUUAAGUACACGGACGAGUUGCACCGCGAGAGCGGCUACGCCGACAUUCGGGAGCCGUACGACCCGGCCGCAGAAAGUGCGUGGCGGGAGAGACACCGCAAGAGCGUGCGAGACUAUCACACGUCCAAGAAGGCAGUAGAAGGUGAGCAACACCAGGCCGCCAAAGACGACGUGUGGAAACUGCUCGAGCGCCUAGAGUUGCAGGAGGAGCAGGAAGAAAAAGAAACCUGCACAAGCGUCGCGGCGACUUCGCACGAGGAGGUCUCCUCCCGCAAAGUCCGAUGGCAAGACGAGAGCAGCGGCCACAUCAGCUUCUCCUACUCGUCAAGCGAUACCUGCUCGGCGACCACGGCCACCUGCAGUUCCGAUGCAUUGCUAAGUCCUGGCGACAUCUUGCGCAUAUUUGGAGGAUCCGAAGGCAGUGUGGCAAAGUCUAUACUGAAGAAUUCGUCAGAUGUGAAGCCCCCGACGCUGCCCAAAGCGUCAGUAUCGUCUCCAGUUGUACCUGUGCCAAGAGAAAGGCCGAAGCCGAAGUUUGGCGACGCGUUCACAGGAAAUGUCAUGGAGCACGCUAUCGCACCUUCGUCGACGACAAUUGACUUUGAUGUUACUGACGUAGAAUUACCGGCACCACUUAGCAAGCCAAGUUCGUUGUUUAAGUCAAGGAGGAGAAUGAAGCCAUAG